CUGGCAACUCUGCGAUAUGAGGUGGUUGAAUUUGUGAAGUUUUAUAUUUUGUUAUUUGCGUAGAAUAUAUUAAUUAAUGCACGGGCACGCAAGAGAUGAUUAGCGAGUGACCGAGGGCAGUAGUAGUUGGGCCAACCUUGGUUAGUUAGCUCCACUUCCUCCGCUGGCAGCGGCGCACGGCAAUCGAUUUUUAUUGGAGGCGAAUGUUGUGGAAUUUCCCAUCCAACUUUCCCACACUCUGAACUCCGGCGGCGGCAUUUAGCGAAGCGCGAUGAAGGACGGCGGUCACAUAACGCUCACACUCUCGGCGGGAUCACCGGCGACGGUGGACGAGCGGAGCAGGAAGAGUCUGCGACGGGCUUGGAAUCAGCUGCCCCGUUGUCAACGCAAUCUCAUUAUUCUCGGAAUAACCGCCUUCUGCGUGACGGUGCUGCUCUGCCUGAGUGGCGACCAACUGCUGGCCGCCAGUCUGAAAGAUUCGGACUCGAAGGCCAUCGUGUCUCCAUACCAAAUGCCCGCGCCAAAUCCGCACCAUCACCCCGGAAUGGAUAAGGAUGUGCCUGGAGACUCUGCUGGAGCGGCAGCGGUUCCCGAAGAUAAGAGACCACCCCGGGCGGAGGCGCUAAGUGAUAAGUUUAAUGAAGUUGCCUACGGGGAAGCGAACUCUGCCGAGAACGUUGUCCGUCUGCCGGAGACGGUGGCCGCUCAAGGACCUCCGCAGGCCGUGGCCUUGCCUCCGCCGGACAAUAACAAGGAGCAGGACACUGGGGGAAUCGACAUCCUGAACAAUGUGGAGGAGCCCAUGCCGCAGGAGUCAACAGAGCCGCUGAGCGAACGCGAGCAGCUCGACCAGGCCAUCAAGAGUCCUCUGAAUCUGGGCGGAGUCAGUUUCAAGGAGCACCUCAAGAAGAUAAAGCCCCUCCUGGCCAAGGGACAGCACUUCCAUGGCGCCACCAAUGAACGACAGUCGGCCGUAGUGGCCGCCUUCAAGCACUCCUGGGCGGGCUACAAGAAGUACGCCUGGGGUCACGACAACCUGAAGCCCAUCUCCCAAUAUUCCCACGAGUGGUUCGGUCUGGGACUCACCAUUGUGGACUCGUUGGACACCAUGUACAUAAUGGGCCUAGAUGAUGAAUUCAAAGAGGCACGCGACUGGGUGGAGCAUUCACUGCGCUUCGAUACUAAGCGCGAUGUAAAUCUCUUCGAGGUUACCAUUCGGGUCCUGGGCGGUUUACUAUCUGCCUAUCACCUGAGCGGGGACACAAUGUUUCUGGCCAAGGCAGCAGAAUUGGGCAACCGUUUACUGCCAGCCUUCCUAUCGCCCUCGAAUAUCCCCUAUUCGGAUGUGAACCUCGGCGAUCUGUCGGCGCAUUCACCCAAGUGGUCACCAGACAGCUCCACCAGUGAGGUCACCACCAUUCAGCUAGAGUUUCGUGAUUUGAGUCGGUCUACAAACAUUUCCGUUUAUGAACAGGUUGCUCACAAAGUGAGCGAGAAGGUGCACGAUCUGGAUAAGAACCAUGGCCUGGUGCCCAUAUUCAUCAACGCCAACACGGGAACCUUCCGCAACUACGCCACCAUUUCCCUUGGUGCGCGCGGUGACUCCUACUAUGAGUACUUGCUGAAACAGUGGAUUCAAACUGGCCGUAAGGAUAACGACAACCUCAUUUUGGAUUAUAUGCAAGCAGUGGAUGGAGUACUAACACAGCUAAUGCGGCGCACUCCACGUGAGCACUGGGUUUACAUUGGCGAACUAAUCAAUGGCAAAGACUUCAAGCCGAAAAUGGACCAUCUUACGUGUUAUCUGCCGGGUACUUUGCUCCUGGGUCACCAGAAUGGAAUGCCGGACUCGCAUCUAAUACUUGCCAGGGACUUGAUGGACACGUGCUUUCAGACCUACAUGAUGAAUCCAACACAUUUGGCGGCCGAGAUUUCUUACUUUGCGCUCACCGAAAAGGAUGAUCAGGACAUUUAUGUGAAGCCAAACGACGCGCACAAUCUACUGCGCCCGGAAUUCGUGGAGAGUCUUUACUAUUUCUACUCGUUAACCGGCAAUCGCACCUACCAGGAUAUGGGGUGGACAAUCUUCCAGGCCUUCGAAACUCACGCCAAAGUUAAUGCAGGCUACACAUCGAUGGGCAAUGUCAAGAACACACAGAACACGCGGCUGCGCGAUCUGAUGGAAAGCUUUUGGCUGAGCGAGACUUUGAAGUACUUCUACCUGCUGUUCAGCGACGACCGCAAGGAAAUCGAUCUGGAGCAAUGGGUCUUCAACUCGGAGGGCCAUCCACUGCCGGUCUACCCGCUCAAGACUUAAUUACCCCCUAAGCGAGGCAAAUAGAGGGCAGCGCAACUUAGUUGCGCCAGCGAAACUAACUGGAAACCGAAUAGAGUCGGCGCAUUUAGGCUGCAACAAUCGUUUAACUCCUAUUCGUACUUUAGCGCAAAUGCCAAAUACUAUGCUAAGCUUAGGAACAGGCCGAGCUCAGUUGGCCAAUCGAAUAAAGCAAUGCCCAACAUUGGGAUGGGUCGAUGUAGUCGCGAGGUGUAAUAUCAAAUUUUAGCAAUCCAAGGCUAAGAAAAAUUAUUAAAAUCUAAAUAUGUAUAUUAAUCAGGGCCAGUAAUCUUAAUUAUCCAGUAGCUUUGGGGCUAUUAAAAUUGAUAUUAUACCAACAAACUUUGUCAUCAUUUUUCGCCCCAGCGAUUUUGAACAAAUCAUCGAACCAUCCCAUCUUCCUAUUUAACACGUCUUUUUAAAAUCGGUAGGACUCGAUUGUAUAAUAUUCUUUGUACUGAUAACUGUUAUUUUUUUGUAUUAAUUUAUUUCCUACUUUAAGCACCUAAUGUAACAUGAUAUUGGGCCAUUGCUAACCCGUCUUUUUAGCCAGUAGCCAGCCAGCCGGUUUUAACCUUGUAAUCUCUCCUGUAGUUAAUUGUGUAUGUUUACGUUAGCAUGAUAUUAGGAACUCAGUUGCACUCUGCACAAAGUCGAUUUGUGUGUAAUCUCAAAAGUACGGAAUAAACGAAUCUCACAGAAAAUGCACCAAAAGCAUUUUCGAUCCCAUAGGCAACCUGCAUAUUCGAAAAAGAGCCGAUAAUAAAAUGCGAUAAUUUUUAAAAUUGUA